GGUCACACGCAUUGGAGGUGUCGCCGCAAAUGAUAAAGCACAAUUGCGGGAUGCUCGCGUGGUAGAGGUGUACACUGCCGAUUGGCAGAAGCUGACGAUCCUUCCUUCCCUAAUCUCGCUUCAGGGGCAGUCCGGGUCUUGAUCCCUGUUGGCCCCGAGCGUGGUGGCCGGUAUGCUCGAAGAGCCCUGGGGGGUUAUCAUCAAGCGCCUGCCCGCCCCAACUGCUGCUCUCUUCUCGCGCCGCAGCGAAGUCAUUCCUUCUCUCCAACACGCUCACUUCAGUCAUUCAUUCACCCGCUGCCUAUCGCUCUCUUUGCCGCUUCACGUGCCUCCACAGCUUCCCUAAACGUUUAGCGCCACAACCUUCCUUAUACAGCAAGCGUGCAUUCCACCCAAAAUGCGCUACAACCUCAUUGCCGGGAGCGCCCUUGCUUUGGCCUCGGGCGUCACUGCUCUCUCCAACGGCUGCGCUGAUGCUGCUCCCGAUGAGAGCGGCAACUACUACUGCGAGCCUGCCGUCAAGACGCUCAAGUACACCGGUGUCGGUGGUACUGGCAGCUACAAGAAGGUUACCAACAUUGCUGCCGACGAUGUUUGCGAAUGGGCCGACCACAACUACUCUGGUUCCCUUGCUCCUUACGAUGAGGAGAUUGCCGUGAUCUUCCGUGGUCCGUUCAAGCUUCGCCAAUUCGCUGCCUACACCUAUGACGGCUCUGCCGAUUCUUCCAAGGCCAAGGCCAAGCGCGAGGAGCCGCGCUCAGUCCGUCCCAGCCCCCAUGAGCGCCGCCACGCCGGUCACCAGCAGUUCCACAACCACCAGAAGGAAGUGCGCGCUGCCCAAGAGAAGGCUGAGGCUGAGAAGCGCGAUGUCGAAGACUGGAUUACCGCAACCAUCGAUGGCGCCGUGGUUUCCUGGGUCAACAACUGGACCGGUCAGACUUCCGCCGCCAACGCCGCUAGCUCUGCCCUUGGCGACGCCGGUGUCAAGGUCGAGGUUGCUGCUGUUACCACCUCUGCUGCUGCCGCCGCUGAGCAGACCGCUGCUCCGUCUACCAGUGCGACUGCCACUGCCACCUCCUCUUCUGAUGACUCUACUGCUACCGGUCCUUGGAAGCGCGUUUCCUACUACAACGCCGAGGAGAAGACCAAGGAGGGCCUGACUUUCUUGACUCACCCCGAGUACACCAACACCAUUGCUUUCGCUGGUACCGAUGGUGUUUCCAAGGCCUCCGAGUCUACCACCUUCGGUGGUGAGCUUGAGAACGGUGACGAGAUGUUCAUCAUGACCGACUCCCCCUGCUCUGAGGAUAUCGGCACCGAGUGCGCUUACUUCAAGGACGGUGACCAGGCUUUCCACGGUUUCGGUGGCAACAAGAAGGCUUUCUUCUUCGAGUUCCAGAUGCCCGACUCUGGCACCCACGCCACUGUUGGUGAGAUGGCUGACAAGUACACGGCUGACAACAUGCCCGCCAUCUGGACGCUCAACUCCAAGAUCCUCAGCAACCAGUACGGCUGCAGCUGCUGGGAGUCUGGCUGCGGUGAGCUUGACAUGCUGGAGGUCCUCAACCCCGGUAACUCCCGCAUGAAGUCCACCUUCCACGGCAACACUGGCUUCAACGGUGGUGACUCCCACUACAUCUCGCGUCCUUUCGACUACUACAUGAGCGUCAUGGCUGUCUUCCACGAGGACACUUUCGUCAUCAAGGUCCUGAACAACGGCACCGAGGCCCCCGACUCCCUCACCCAGGCCUACGUCGAUGAGAUCACCGGCCACAGCACCAACGCCGUCGAGAACGUUCUCGGCGAGAUUGCUGUCUUCGCCAUGUCCCUCUUCAACUAAGCGCUUCGGAAUGUGGAGGUUGUUAUUUUUCUCAGUCAUAUACCCAGCGACCUGUCCGUAACUGUUGAUAUUAGCCUGUUCAUAUAUGGUCGUCCAUAUAGUCGAGAAGGCGAGCGGUGGUAUAGUUUUUCGUAGGAUGGACAGAUCUGGAUUUGUAUUUAAUAGCGCACCGUACAUUCUAUGAGCGUUCUGCUCGGCUGCCCUCGCUGAAACGGCAACCUUAACGAUAUGAUGACUGGCAUUGGACGGGGCUCCUAUCAUCGGGCUUGCUGGGGGUUUAGCAUUUACUGUUUCUGUUGUUGCUGUUGUUGUCGUCAAGUACUUGCUUUGUAUAGUCGAUCCGUAAAUCCUUUUAGGGGCAAUUGCCCGUUCCCGUAUCAAAGUCGAGUCGUCGAGGUGUUUAAUUUUCAAGGCCCCCCAAUGACAUCGUCAUUCUUGUACUCUAACGGGGACUAAAGCAAACCUUAAAUUGAUUGCGACGAAAGACGUGAAAACCUGG